CAGUCGUCACCGGCCGCCCGGCAGUCACGCUGCGGGGCUGUGCGGUGCAGGUCACCCAAGGGCGCACUCUACACAAACGCUCAGUGGUGGCUCCCGCUGUGACUCGGCGAGGAGCGAAGUUAGCGAGGGCACCGGUUGGCAAGAAAAUAGUGAUAAAAAUAACAAAGUGAAAGUUGUAUGGCAAAAUUGUAUUCGGCACGAAGGCACAAAACCAGAUUAUCCUGUUUUAUAUCCCCGACAUCUUGUCUCUGCCCCUUCUUGGCACGUACACCUCUGCAAUGCGUAUGAACAUGACACCUGACUAUUGAAGCUGCGUUCCUUGUGGCAUAACAGCAUUGUGAUUCUUUGGCUUGUUUUCUGGGAAAUCCCGUCCCAAGAGCCUCAGCACUGAGCAGCUCAAGAAACAGUACCUCCACCAAGAGCCUCCUUGUCACAGCAGCGUCCCAGACUGACAGGACGUCGGCAUGCCAGGCUCCGGUGAAGCAGCCAUCUCACCUCGACGUGACCUGACCCUCCACCACGCGCCGCCGGCCACGCUUCCCCGAACGCACACCAUCACGUGUCCACCUGUCAAGGAGGAACGUCGGGACUGGGUAAACUCUCUUGGAAGGUCAAAAGCCUUAAAUGACGGCAGCUGCUCGACAGAAGACACCACGCCCACCAUGCCUACUCGAAAACAUGCCCCACUCAGAUCUCGGGACACCUGGCACGGCUGGUCUCCAGCAUCCAGGAUCAGUUCCAUUAGGUUACCAGGAUCCAGGUCCACAUUUACCAGAUCACGUGACAUGAGAUUCAGCUCCACCAGGUCCUAUGACCCGAGACACUACUCCAUCAGGUCCCGAGCAUCACUGAAUCGUUCCGUCAGAUCCCGAUCCUCCGUACGCUCCUUGGCCUCCCGAGCGUCGUCAACUUUGCAUCGCUCCUUUCGACGCACUGGCCCUAUCUACAGGGUGACCAUCUCCCGGGCAAGGGCAGCCAGGGAAUGGGCGGGCACCUUCAGGGAGCAAAUAAGCAGCAAGGGUGGGACUCUUCUCCUGACACCUGCUCGCGGUCGCCGCCAGCCCGAAGUGGUGGCAACACGCGGCACCCCGACUCCCGAGCCAGCCAGGAAUAGCCCUUGGGUUCAUGCGACCCGCAGGGCGGCGUCUGCAUCCCGCACCGUACACUGGGAGGUCGCCAGUGGGUUGGCGGCCUUGUUUGAGUGCGGAGCGACCGCUGGUAGUGCAGCGGCUGCGGGUGUUGGGAGGGUGUGCUCUGCUGCCGCAGCCAUGGCCGAUGGCAAGCUGCAGCAGCUACGCCGUUCUAUCAGUUCAUGGAGUCUGUCCACCGUUAAGAAGCCCAAAAUCACCGUCCCUAAACUCAAAACUCCAAAAAUCAAACUCUUCCGCGGCAAGAAAAACAGGGUUGAGCCGAAAGAUGAUGCAGCGGCUUUGGAGGAAGUGAAGGCAGCGUUACUAAAAGCAGAAGGCGAGGGGGAUGGCCAGGAGAGUGGCGCAGCGACGGGCGAGACGAGCAGUGAAGUGAUCCACGAGCCUCUGGUGGGUGGGUCACAGGAGGGCCAGCCCACUAUAGUCCUCACAGUUCACGAACACAAAAAUCCACCAGAACCACCCUCCCCGCCCCCAAGUCCUGGAUUACUAGCCGUGAAUGAUGACUUUGAGUACAUUGAUAGUGACGAGGGAGACACAGACGACAAGGUCAUCGAGGCUGUGCGACCUGACCUGGACUACAGCGACCAAUGGUUUGAUGCGCACGGUACUCUUACUAGCUCUAAAGAGGACAUGGUUGACAUUCUCAAUGGUCUCGAUGACGAUCAAGUGAGUAAAUACUACGACUUUGUAGACUAUACCGCUCCGAAACAGGAAGAGCCUAAGACACCACUUAAAGAUAAGCCCGUGAAGGGAGGGUCACAAAAGGCUCGCGACUGGGUGAAGAGUUUUGAUGAAAAGGCCGAGUCUCGGAUACAAAAAUUAUUAAAGUUCAAUAAAUCAAAGACUUCAUCAAAUCUUCCUAAGAGUAAAUCUGAGAUUCGUCUUGAUCAAAUAGACGAUGGGCCCGAAAAAUGGUCAAAGAGAGACGAAAUCAAGCUCAACACUUUGAGUAAAGAUGCGUCGCUCCAAGACAAGGGACAGAAGCUCCCCCCAGAAAAGGAGAAAAACUCUCGCAAGGAGAACCUAAAAAAAAUAUUCCAAGUGAGAGGAAAGCUCUCCAUCAAGCCAAUUGUCGACUCACAGAGACCCACCUACACAAACACGGACAUUCACAUUGCUGCAGCACCUUAUGCCCUCGCGAACACCUCUGCCACAACAGAAAACACAGAAUCGCUCGAUGUCUCAGAAGAUGGUAUAAACUGUACUUCUGACGACCUAGAUAAUACAAAUGAAGGCGGCCCCAGAAGCUCCACCCCUCUGCAGAAUGACGAAGCAAGACCUCCAUCACCACCUUCUUCACACAAAGAGCAACACGUUUCGGAAAUAAAAAGGGAGUCUACAGCUGCAACGGUCUUGGAUGUGUCUACUGAUUCUCACUGUUUGAAUGACAAGCAAUUGGGAGAGAGUAUCUUUGAAAAGGAAGCCACUAAAACUAUAGAGACUCGUCAUCCUCAGUCACAGGAUGUUCCUGCAAAAGACACAACAAACAUCACAAUUAAUUCUGUAGAAGACAAAACGAAUUCAUCAGAAGCUACAAUGGAGAGCAAGACUCAUCUUCCUCUGUCACAAGAUGUUCCUGUGCAGGACAAUAAAGCAAGUACCACAAUCAAUUCUGCAGGAAACCAAAAUAAACUUAAAAAAGAAGAAACAGACAGUAGCAAAGCUAGUCCUUCUCAUUUACAUGAUCUUCCUGCACAGAACAAUACAUCAAGCUUCAUAAUUAAUAAUGCAGGAAAAACAUCAAAGUCCACGGAGGAAGUCACAGAUGACAGAAGCAGUAGUGAUUCUCUCUCACGAAACGUUCUAGUACAGAACGCAACAACAUAUACCAUGACAGACUCUUCAGAAAAUCAAGUAAAAGCCACAGAAGAAGUUAUCGACAACAGCAAGAUUUGUCCUUCUCAGCCACAAGACGCUUCUGUAGAGGACAACACUACAAACAUCACCACUAGAAAUAUUGAACAGCAAGCACAGUCAGUGAUUCACGAGGAGCAUAAGCCUGUGGAAGAAAUCACAAACGGCUCGGCAAGAAAAUCCACAGAAACAGAUUCUGAAAGCAAAACAGAUUUAGUUAAAUCAACACUAGGGGAAGAUACAAAUCCCUCUGAACAACUUGAACAAAGGAGUACGGAUGCACGGGAGCUAAAAGAAGAAAAAGAACAGCUUCUAACAAUUCAAAAACCAAAUGAUGUGGAUUCUAUUGAAUUACCCAAAACAGAAACAAAAGAAACGAAGAAGAAACUUUCAGGGAAUAACUUCCCAAAAUCCAUCAAGAACUUUGCCGGGUCAGUCUUCUCCCAGCAAUUUGGCGGUAAGGCUAAAACAGAAGUAAAGGGAAACGAGAGCAGUGACAAAAAGAAAAAGAAAGGAAGACUCAACCCGUUCAGUAAGGAAAAUCUGUUUAAAUCUCCAGUCAAAGAAAAAAGUGACUCUGUAAAAGAAAUGCCCCAGAAAGACAAGGAAACAAAAGAUGGCGACAAGACUGAAGGGGAAAAACUGGCAAGUAAAAACAACCAUAAUCCGUUUGAAGAUGAUAAAGAAAAUCUUCCCUGUGACAAGGUUUCUAGCCCUCCAGAGGACAAUAAUGACUCCGUGGAGACAAAAAGAGAUACUGCUGUGAUCGCUGAGGACUCGACUCCCUGUGCUACCACGUCAAAUGUUCCGGAUGUUUUACAUUCAAAUGGAAUCUCGUCAGCUGGCAGGACGUCAAGAUCCUCAUCGAUCAGCCUGGAAUUUGUGUCUCAAGUCGAUUCAGACGAAAUGAAAACAGUUUCUCACGAGUCGUCUCCGGAGAUGGACUUCGUGGAAGAAGAUGGGCUGAGGCUGCGGAAAGAUGCCUUACUUGCCAUCAAAGCAAUGGAUAUAGAUCCUGACGACACAAAUACGCAAUUCUACAGUUUCGUCAGUGCUGUGGAGGACUUCCAGACCCCGAAGAAGGAAGAAGAUCUACAGCCUAUAGCUUCUACGAAAACAUUGCCUGAACUAACUGCUACACCAAAAGUUCAAGAGGCCGAAACUAAUGAAAUCAAAUGUAAGAAGGAAAAAACUACAAUAAAUAUGCAAGAAGAGGCACCUCAGAAACUUUACGAGUCAUCAACUCAUGAAGAGGAAAGAACAUCAGAGAAAAAUCAUGCGGAGUCACCUCAGAAACUUUCCGAGUCACCGACUCAUAAGGAAGAAACAACAUCAGAGAAAAAACACGAGUCACCAAAACAACUUUCCGAGUCAUCAAGUAAUGUUCGUAGUUCAGAAGAAAUAGCCAUUAAAACUGACGUUGAAGAGGAAUACCUACAGAGGAAGGUAAAUGAGCUGAACAAAAAGAACAAUGAAGAAGUAACUUCAAAAGAUUUGAUUAACGGUCUCUCAACCAAUGUUCCUCAUACCCUAUCGAAGCAGGAAUCACCUCCAGGCUGCAUUCAAACGCCGACACAGCUUCCUGAAGAGAUUCCAAAACUGAAAUUAGAUCUGCUACUCUCUAAGGGCGAAGAAGCACCAAGGCCGAGCCCAAGGACUAAGAAAGGACGCUAUGGCUAUUCCACUGUUGGAAGGCGGAGCACGACGCCCUCAAACCGAGAUCCAUCUGUGAGUGAUUAUUCUGAAAACGACGCAAACGAAUCGUCGGCAAAAUCUGCCGACAGUUCACUGACAGCUCCCUAUCCUCGAAGGAACACUAGCCCUGAAAAAGUCACGUCAAGGAAAGCUGGAGUAAAAAGAACGCCCUCAGAUUCAGGUUACGCGGGACCCGCCAGUAAUUCUUACGGUGGCUCGGACGUUGAACCCAUCUAUUGGGAGAUUAGUGAGUCAAGCGAGGCACCACCAAAACCAAGUCCGCGCACCAAAAAGAGUCACAGAACUGCAAGUGAUGCAACGCCUAAAUCAAAUGAAGCUGCUUCCUCACAAUCUCAGACAGCUGUUCCUGAGGAGUCGCCGAAAAAAACCCUGCCAGAAUGGAUCAACACCCGUGCGCCAAUCCCCAGCCCCCGCGGGAAGAAGCAGCGUUCCCUGCAAUCCUUGCCUAAUGUUGUGCCAGACGACAACAACAUGGAGGCAAUGAAAAAAAAACUCCAAAUGUUGUCCCACGAGCCCCUCCCAGACGUCGCGAUCCCACAAUCACAGCCGAUCGUCACGAAAAGGGAGGAGGACCAAUUCUAUAGUGGCAAAGCUGCAUCAAUAUCAUACGGGUUCACGCCCUCCCGUGCCGCCCCGCCAUCGCCGCCUUCGAGAGUCAGAAAAGCUUCUCAGAUAUCUCUCCCGGCGGCCAUGGCGGCAGAGGAGGCUCAGUGCAGGCAACAAAAGAGAAGAUCCCUCUAUGUAAGUCCAGACGGUGACAUAGCUCCCGAACCCCCUUCACCACGGCGAGCCAGACGGCGCACCGACCCCACCCAAGGCACCACGCUGCGUAACAUUCAGUCAGCGGUUAAGCGGCUGGGAGAGAGGGUGAUAUGCCUCACGGAGCUGCUGGCUGCAGCAGGCCUGCAAGAGGAGGCCACCAAGCAGAAGACAGAGGAGCUCCUGACUGACGUGCUCUAUUCUGUGCACUCUCUCAUGGGCGGCACUACGGCGGGAGUAUGGAAGGUAGGCGGGGAAAGUGACCUCGGCGGACCGUCCACUCGAGCCGAGGUGCAAAUGGAGCAGAUCAUACGAGUGCUGCAGGCAGCCUUCCAGAUCAACCAAGAGACGUUAGACCGCCUACGAGCUGACAUCAAGAACAAGCCGCCGCCCGAAGUCAACCUUCAGCUGAGCAUUAAAGAAGCCAGCGAUCUCAGACCAAAGACCGUCAAAGGGACAACCAAUCCAUACGUGAUAGUGUCUGUGGGCAGCAGCAGCAACGCCUCUCACAGGACCAGGCUGGAGAAGGACACGCUCAGACCAAAAUGGAACCAAGAGUUUACCUUGCCGAUCGGUAAUCUUCAAAAGGAGGUUAUACAGCUUGAGGUAUGGCAUGAGCACGACCCCGUCAAGAUGAAGCAGGCUCUGACAGCAGUGAGGGACAUCAAGGGCAUGAGUCGCCUCGUGAGGGGCACCACGGCCCAGGUACAGCACCAGACCUCCCACCUGCUCGGCCAAAUCACUGUCAGUGUCAAGGACCUAAUCGAGCGAGGGGCAGAUGGUUGGUUCAUGCUGGAGAAAAAUGAAGAACGCUCCAAGGAACGUGGGAAAAUCCACCUGGCAGGCACCGUGACCUCAAAGGCUCAGCUGGAGAACAAGAGCAGACAAUCAUACGACGCUCUCCUGGCCCGCCUCAUCCACCAUCAGCUGACCUCAACCAAUAACAAUAAUGAGCAGAGCGAAUGGUCGCGGCCCUGGGAUGGCCAUCUCAGUGGACCCGGAGCAGCUUCAUUGGCACAGUAUGCUAUCAUGCUGGACCUCAGCGACGCCGCCCUCCACCUAGCAUGGUGGAAAGUGUGUAGUCGCAUUCCUACAGCGGACGCCGUCUGGGUCCUCUCUCGGCUUCAAGAAGUCCAGGCUGCGAUAUCCAAGAAUUUGUACCAGGACGAAGAGCUUCUUGAGCUGCGAUCUUCGUUCUGCAGCUUCAUACGGGACCACACGGAGCGUCUUAAAAACCUACACAAAACCUUCCCACCUUCGUCAGGCAUUAUUGCCAGACGUCAGCUUACUUUCACGCUGAAGGCACUGCAGUGCAUGCAGAAUCACGCAGGCACCAGGGCCCUGCUGGACCUAGAAGGUCUUCCACCCUUACACGAGAUGGUCACUUCAAGCCUUGCCACGCACGCCAAGAAUUGGUGGACGACGGUGAUUGAGGAGCUGCGUGGGGUGCGGACCACUGAUGAGCAGAUCUCCCACGUGAUCAACAUCGUGAAGGAAUCCUACAGCUUUCUAUCCAUCGCGGCCAAUGCUUAUGACUCAGUCUUUGUUAAGGAAAUGAACAUCACUUACAUGCAGACAACGUAUUUGAUGGUGAGCAAGAAGGUGAAUCCGUGUGUCCGGCCCCUGGUCAUGAAUAUAUACAACCGCCUCCCGUCUCUCGACACCCAAGAGGAGGAAGAGAUAGAGUGCGAGUACCGCCUAGAAGUGGGCACCUCACUCUGGGAACUGUACAUGAACCUCGGCCGUCUCCACCAGUUGAGCGAGCGUCUGCCAGAAGAGGCGCGAACCGAGUCUGGCGUACGGGAAUACCACCGUUGGUUCUCUAAAGGCGUCUUGAGGUGGCUGGAGUUGGCUAUGUGCCGCGCUCGGAGCAUGAUCAAGAGAGCUGUGGAGCUGGACAUGCUGGAACCCCAAGACAAUUACUGUAAAUUCAGUUCCUCAGCCUCAGACACACUUGGUAUUUUCAAUGAUGUCAAGAUCUGGUGGCAGAAGCUGGCCUGGCCUGAUCUGGAGAACGGUGCAGUUCUGCUAACCAAGAUCCUGGAUAACAUUUGCUCCUGUGUGCUCUCUUACUCUAAUCUCAUCAGAGAGAAGGUGGAGAGCAUCUUUCACCAAUAUGAAAACUCUACACGCGUCUUCAUCACAGAACAAAUCUGUGUUGGCCUCAACAACAUUGAGCGAGUCAGAACAGAGAUGGUCAAGCUGCCCGCUCAGUUUGGCUUCAAUGAACUUCUACAGAAGAUUAGAGAAUCAGACAGUGGAGGGGAAUCUGCUGCCGCCCAGUUGGAUGCCACAGUGGACAGACUUAUUGUCAAUGCUGCUGAGAAUACAGAGGCAAAAGUCAACGAGUUCAUCGAUACUAUGCUAGACAAGAUGCACCCAACGCUGGAGCGAGCAGUGAACGAGGCGUGUGAAGAGCAAAGCACAGUUCUGUCCCAAGUACUGGACCCUUCUCUGGAACUCACAAUGAAUCAGCUCAACAAUUCUAAUUUCAAGCGGUUCCUGUGGCGUGUGUGGGAAGUGGUAGUGGACAUCUUCACCGCAACAGUCAUGAGAAACUCCGAGCGGAGGAAGGCCAACUACUUCGGAGGUGUGCACACCAUCCUGGAGGAAACACUGAGCUUCUUUUCUCCUCCUGAUGGCAAAGGCCUCGAUGAGACAACUGCCAAGACACCAGCUUACACUUCGCUGAUGGAGCUGUUGGAAAGCCUCAGGAUGUCGUCAGAGUCCCUCAUCGCCCAGUAUUAUCAGGAGCGCUAUGAAGAGCAAAUGGAAGAAAUUCUGCCAUGCAAGGCCCGACUUUACGUUAAAAUCCUGUUCACCAAACCCGGGAAACUAAUUGUGGAGGUGAUCAUGGCGAAGGACAUGGUGGUGGAGGGAGACACUUGCAGCAUCACUUCUCGUGGUGGAGGCCUCGGCCUGCAAACUUCCCACCAGCCUGUCGACUCAUAUGUGAAAGUGCAGCUGGUGCCACAGGAAUGGUUCCCUGCCACCGCCAUCCGCAAGACAAAGACGCAGCGCAAACAGGACCCCGCAGUCUACGAAGAAACUUUUGAAUAUGAAAUGAGCAAGACUGACGACGGGGUGCGAGCAGGUUUCCUCCUCCUUACUCUGAAAGACUAUAACCUGGGCUUCUCCAACACGUUCAUCGGGGAGGCUGUGAUACCCCUCUCCUCGCUACCCUGUGUCGACUCCUCCCAAGUGCACACAGUCGCCAACAGCUGCCUUACCAUGACCACCCCAGGCCUCGAUAUCGGUUACAAGUCCCUUCGAGCACUACAGUUCAGAACCGGGGACAAGGUGGCUUCCGCAUAUCAAAAAGUUUCCAAACGCUUGAUAGAGCCGAAGGGAAAGGCGAACACGAGUAUGGGAAGAUCCAACGAUGAUAAGGCUAGGUCCAAAAGUCCCAAUAUGAGGGAAAGACUCAAACUGUCUUAAGGCCACGGCAGCACAAGGACAGUGCCAGUGAAGUAUUGACCUACAGGAGAUCCCAGACCAGGCCAGGCGCGGGAUGAUCACGCUUUGAUGGAAAUCGUAGGUGUUAGUAAAGAAACUGAUCUGACGAAGCAAUCUUUGCAAAGUGAUAUUUUUCUAUCAACGAAGGAGCCACUUCACCUCCUUAAUUACUCUCGAGACGGAGUGAUUCGAAAACCGUGGAGAGUCCGUGCCUAACUUUAUUAUCUGUGAUUUAUGUACAUACUGAACCUGCCCUCCACCACCCAGGCCGCAGCCGGGACGCGUGCACAUGCGGCCAAUCUGGGUAACCCAUAAGAGCUAGGUGCUGAGACGCAGCAGAUAGAGAGAUAUUUGUACGAUUUUCUUUUGACUCUUCUGUUGCCUAGCUAAGUCUUUUUUUGUAAAAUAAAAAAAAUAUUCUAUUGUACAUGUGAUAUAGACAGACAUUUCCUGAGUGCAGUGUUAAAUUUAAGGUAGUGUGUGUGUGUGUGUGUGUGUGUGUGUGUGUGUGUGUGUGUGUGUGUGUGUGUGUGUGUGUGUGUGUGUGUGUGUGUGUGUGUGUGUGUGUGUG